ACUCAUAACUUAUUUAACUUUUUUUUUUUAAAUAAAUAGAUGAAUCUAGUGACAAACUUAUUUUUAUUUAAGGAUAAUUUAUGUUAAUUUAAAUAAUUUGAUUAUUAGAUAAAUUAUACUCAUUGUGUGAUGUUAUUGCUUAAUAAUUAAGUCGGGCUUGAUUCAUUCUUUUACCCGCCUGUGGUCGGAGUAUCCAAAUUUCGACAUCACAAGCCGAAGGAUGGACCAACAGGAAUUCCCCUCCCAGCUACCACCACAUUACCUGAUAAGAAUCUGAUAAUAAAUUGAAGUAUAGGCGGUUUUUUUCACACUCUGCAUAGAUAGGUGCCCUUCUGGAGAUUCGGAUUCCAAUACGAAUGUGGCAGAGAAAAGUGGAAGACAGUGGUUAGAUUGAGCCUCGUGUCAUUCCCAUAACUAUUUGUUGUAAGCUAAGGGAGUUCCGUGUUACAUCAAGGCUAUAUUGGUUACAAGGGAGGAAGAAUACUGAGAAAAGAGGAGCAUGGCGUCAGGGCAACUACGAGAGGAGCUGGCGAACAAGGCUAGAGAGGGCGAGACUGUUGUCCCUGGUGGAACUGGUGGAAAGAGCCUGGAAGCUCAGGAACAUCUGGCAGAAGGACGAAGCAAAGGAGGGCAGACGAGGAAGGAGCAGCUGGGAACAGAGGGGUACAAGGAGCUGGGAAGCAAAGGAGGACAGACGAGGAAGGAGCAGUUGGGGACAGAGGGGUUCAAGGAGUUGGGGAGCAAAGGAGGGCAGACGAGGAAGGAGCAGAUUGGGACCGAAGGCUACCAGGAGAUGGGGCGCAAAGGUGGGCUCAGCACCAUGGACAAGUCUGGAGGUGAGCGUGCUCAAGAAGAAGGCAUUUAUAUCGAUGAAGCCAAGUUCAGAACCUCUCCCUGAAGUUUAACUCCAUCCAAGUCUCCUUAUAAGAGUGAACUAGCAGCAGCAGCAGUAGUAGUAAUAGGAUCUAUAUUAGGAGGUAUGUAAAGCUAGGUUUGAAGUAAUCAGUACGUACUGUCUACUAGCUGUAGGGCAACUAGGUUUGGUGCUUGUUAACUAAGGAUGUAUGUUGUAGGCUGUUUUGACUUCAAGGGGUUUGUGUUGUGGUUUUAGGUUUGGGUUUACCCCUUGUUUGUAUGUGGCGGAUGGCUGAUGAAGUAAAUGAAGUGACUUGUAGCUUUGGUUGUA